AUGAAGGGCAGCUCUGCCUUCCUGCUGGCAGCCCUAGCCUUGCUCUGCGUCUGCGGGCUGGCCAAAGGGGAGAAUGACAACGAGUUUUUCAUGGAUUUUCUACAAACACUGCUGGUGGGGUCCCCAGAAGAACUCUAUGAGGGGCCCCUGAGCAAGUACAAUGUCAACCAAGACGCCAAGGCAGCAAUGAAUGAACUGAAAUCGUGCAUCGAUGGCCUGCAGCCGAAGCACAAAGAAGAGCUGGUCAACCUGUUGGUUCAAGUGCUGGGAGAUUCAGAUGGCUCUUGA